AUGAACUUCUUUCUUCUUUCAUUCAUCUGUGUCUCUUUCUUUCUUUCAUUCAUCUGUCUCUUUCUUUCUUUCAUUCAUCUGUCUCUUUCUUUCAUUCAUCUGUCUCUUUCUUUCUUUCAUUCAUCUGUCUCUUUUCUUUCAUUCAUCUGUCUCUUUCUUUCUUUUUCAUUUCUGUCUCUUUCUUUCAUCAUCUCAUCUCUUUCUUUCAUUCAUCUGUCUCUUUCUUUCAUUCAUCAUCUGUCUCUUUCUUUCAUUCAUCUGUCUCUUUCUUUCUUUCAUUCAUCUGUCUCUUUCUUUCAUUCAUCUGUCUCUUUCUUUCUUUCAUUCAUCUGUCUCUUUCUUUCAUUCAUCUGUCUCUUUCUUUCUUUCAUUCAUCUGUCUCUUUCUUUCAUUCAUCUGUCUGUUUCUUUCUUUCAUUCAUCAUUCUUUCUUUCUUUCAUUCAUCUGUCUCUUUCUUUUCAUUCAUCUGUCUCUUUCUUUCUUUCAUUCAUCUGUCUCUUUCUUUCAUUCAUCUGUCUCUUUCUUUUCUUUUCAUUCAUCUGUCUCUUUCUUUCUUUCAUUCAUCUUCUCUUUCUUUCAUUCAUCUGUCUCUUUCUUUUCUUUCAUUCAUCUGUCUCUUUUUCUUUCAUUCAUCUGUCUCUUUCUUUCUUUCAUUCAUCUGUCUCUUUCUUUCUUUCAUUCAUCUGUCUCUUUCUUUCAUUCAUCUGUCUUUCUUUCUUUCAUUCAUCUGUUUCUUUUCAUUCAUCUGUCUUUCUUUCUUUCAUUCAUCUGUCUCUUUUCUUUCUUUUCAUUCAUCUGUCUCUUUCUUUCUUUCAUUCAUCUUUCUUUUUUUUUCAUUCAUCUGUCUCUUUCUUUCAUUCAUCUGUCUCUUUCUUUCUUUCAUUCAUCUGUCUCUUUCUUUCAUUCAUCAUCUGUUUCUUUCUUUCAUUCAUCUGUCUCUUUCUUUCUUUCAUUCAUCUGUCUCUUUCUUUCAUUCAUCUGUCUCUUUCUUUCUUUCAUUCAUCUGUCUCUUUCUUUCAUUCAUUCAUCUUUCUUUCAUUCUUUCUUUUUUCAUUCAUCUGUCUCUUUUUUUUUUUUUCAUUCAUCUUUCAUUCAUCUGUUUCUUUUCUUUCAUUCAUCUGUCUCUUUCUUUCAUUCAUCUUUCUUUCUUUCUUUCAUUCAUCUGUCUCUUUCUUUCAUUCAUCUGUCUCUUUUUUUUUCAUUCAUCUGUCUCUUUUCUUUCAUUCAUCUGUCUCUUUCUUUCUUUCAUUCAUCUGUCUCUUUCUUUCAUUCAUCUGUCUCUUUCUUUCUUUCAUUCAUCUGUCUCUUUCUUUCAUUCAUCUGUCUCUUUCUUUCUUUCAUUCAUCUGUCUCUUUCUUUCAUUCAUCUGUCUCUUUCUUUCUUUCAUUCAUCUGUGUCUUUCUUUCAUUCAUCUGUCUCUUUCUUUUUCUUUCAUUCAUCUUUCUUUCUUUCAUUCAUCUGUCUCUUUCUUUCUUUCAUUCAUCUGUCUCUUUCUUUCUUUCAUUCAUCUGUCUCUUUCUUUCAUUCAUCUGUCUCUUUCUUUCAUUCAUCUGUCUCUUUCUUUCUUUCAUUCAUCUGUCUCUUUCUUUCAUUCAUCUGUCUCUUUCUUUCAUUCAUCUGUCUCUUUCUUUCUUUCAUUCAUCUGUCUCUUUCUUUCAUUCAUCUGUCUCUUUCUUUCUUUCAUUCAUCUCUUUCAUUCUUUCUUUCUUUCAUUCAUCUGUCUCUUUCUUUUUUUUCAUUCAUCUGUGUCUUUCUUUCAUUCAUCUCUCUUUCUUUCUUUCAUUCAUCUGUCUCUUUCUUUUCAUUCAUCUGUCUCUUUCUUUUUUCUUUCAUUCAUCUGUGUCUUUCUUUCAUUCAUCUUCUUUCUUUUUUUCAUUCAUCUGUCUCUUUCUUUUCUUUUCAUUGUCUCUUUCUUUCAUUCAUUCAUCUCUUUCUUUCUUUCAUUCAUCUGUCUCUUUUUCUUUCAUUCAUCUGUCUCUUUCUUUCUUUCAUUCAUCUGUCUCUUUCUUUCUUUCAUCUGUCUCUUUCUUUCUUUCAUCAUCUCUCUUUUUUUUCUUUCAUUCAUCUGUCUCUUUCUUUCUUUCAUUCAUCUGUCUCUUUCUUUCAUUCAUCUGUCUCUUUUCUUUUCUUUCAUUCAUCUCUUUAUUCUUUUCUUUCAUUCAUCUGUCUCAUUUUUUUUCUUCUUUCAUUCAUCAUGUCUCUUUCUUUUUUCAUUCAUCUGUCUCUUUCUUUCUUUCAUUCAUCUGUCUCUUUCUUUCAUUCAUCUGUCUCUUUCUUUCAUUCAUCUUCUCUUUCGUUCUUCUUUUCAUCUGUCUCUUUCUUUCUUUCAUCUAUCUCUUUCUUUCAUUCAUCUGUCUUUUUCUUUCUUUCAUUCAUCUGUCUCUUUCUUUCUUUCAUUCAUCUGUCUUUCUUUUCUUUCAUUCAUCUUUCUCUUUCUUUUUCAUUCAUCUGUCUCUUUCUUUCUUUCAUCUGUCUCUCUCUUUCUUUCAUUCAUUCUCUUUCUUUCUUUCAUUCAUCUGUCUCUUUCUUUUCAUUCAUCUGUCUCUUUCUUUCUUUCAUUCAUCUCUCUUUCUUUCUUUCAUUCAUCUGUCUCUUUCUUUCAUUCAUCUCUCUUUCUUUCUUUCAUUCAUCUUUCUCUUUCUUUCUUUCAUCUUUGUCUCUUUUCUUUCUUUCAUUCAUCUGUCUCUUUCUUUUCAUUCAUCUGUCUCUUUCUUUCUUUCAUUCAUCUGUCUCUUUCUUUCUUUCAUUCAUCUUUCUCUUUCUUUCAUUCAUCUGUUCUCUUUCUUUUUCAUUCAUCUGUCUCUUUCAUUCAUCUGUUUCUUUCAUUUUUCAUUCAUCUGUCUCUUUCUUUCAUUCAUCUGUUCUUUCUUUCUUUCAUUCAUCUGUCUCUUUCUUUCUUUCUUUUUCAUUGUCUCUUUCUUUCAUUUCAUUCAUCUUUCUUUCUUUCAUUCAUCUGUCUCUUUCUUUCAUUCAUCUGUCUCUUUCUUUCUUUUCAUCUGUCUCUUUUUCUUUCAUUCAUCUGUCUCUUUCUUUCAUUCAUUCAUCUGUCUUUUCUUUCAUUCAUCUGUCUCUUUCUUUUUUCAUUCAUCUGUCUCUUUCUUUCUUUUUUCAUCUUUCUUUUCAUUUUUUUUUCAUUCAUCUGUUUCUUUCUUUCUUUCAUUCAUCUGUCUCUUUUCUUUCUUUCAUUCAUCUGUCUCUUUCUUUCAUUCAUCUGUUUCUUUCUUUCUUUCAUUCAUCUGUCUCUUUCUUUCAUUCAUUCAUCUCUUUCUUUCUUUCAUUCAUCUGUCUUUCUUUCUUUCAUUCAUCUGUUUCUUUCUUUCUUUCAUUCAUCUGUCUCUUUCUUCUUUUCAUUCAUCUGUCUCUUUCUUUCAUUCAUCUGUCUUUUCUUUCUUUCUUUCAUUCAUCUGUCUCUUUUCUUUUCUUUCAUUCUCUUUUUUUCUUUCAUUCAUCUGUCUCUUUCUUUUCUUUCAUUCAUCUGUCUCUUUUUUCAUUCAUCAUUCUCUUUCUUUCUUUCAUUCAUCUGUCUUUCUUUCUUUCAUUCAUCUGUCUCUUUCUUUCUUUUCUUUGUGUCUUUUCUUUCAUUCAUCUGUCUUUCUUUCUUUUUUUUUCUUUUCUCUUUCUUUCAUUCAUCUGUCUCUUUCUUUCUUUCAUUCAUCUGUCUCUUUCUUUCAUUCAUCUGUUUCUUUCUUUCUUUCAUUCAUCUGUCUCUUUCUUUUUUUCAUCUUCAUCUUUCUUUUCUUUCAUUUCUUUCUUUCAUUCAUUCUGUCUCUUUCUUUCUUUCAUUCAUCUGUCUUUUUCUUUCUUUCAUUCAUCAUUCUUUCUUUUCUUUCAUUCAUCUCUCUUUUCUUUUGUUUCAUUCAUCUCUUUCUUUCAUUCAUCUUUCUUUCUUUCUUUUCAUUCAUCUGUCUUUUCUUUUCAUUCAUCUGUUCUUUCUUUCUUUCAUUCAUCUUUUCUUUCUUUCAUUCAUCUGUCUUUUUCUUUCUUUCAUUCAUCUGUCUCUUUCUUUCAUUCAUCUGUCUCUUUUCUUUCUUUCAUUCAUCUUCUUUUUUUCAUUCAUCUGUCUCUUUCUUUCAUUCAUCUGUCUCUUUCUUUCUUUCAUUCAUCUGUCUCUUUCUUUCAUUCAUCUGUCUCUUUUCUUUUCUUUCAUUCAUCUGUCUCUUUCUUUCAUUCAUUCAUCUUUCUUUCAUUCAUCUGUCUUUCUUUCUUUCAUUCAUCUCUUUCUUUCUUUCAUUCAUCUGUCUUUCUUUCUUUCUUUCAUUCAUUUCUUUCUUUCUUUCAUUCAUCUGUUCUUUCUUUCUUUCAUUUUCUUUCUUCUUUUUUUCAUUCAUCUGUUUCUUUCUUUCAUUCAUCUGUCUCUUUUUUUCUUUCAUUCAUCUGUUCUUUCUUUCAUUCAUCAUUCUUUCUGUUUUCAUUCAUCUUUCUCUUUCUUUUCUUUCAUUCAUCUUCUUUCUUUUUCAUUCAUCUCAUUCUUUCUUUUCUUUCUUUCUUUCAUUCAUCUGUCUCUUUCUUUCUUUCAUUCAUCUGUCUUUUUCUUUCAUUCAUCUUUCUCUUUCUUUCUUUUCAUUCAUCUGUCUCUUUUCUUUCAUCUGUCUCUUUCUUUCUUUCAUCUCUCUCUUUCUUUCUUUCAUUCAUCUUUCUUUCUUUCAUUCAUCUGUCUCUUUUCUUUCUUUCAUCUGUCUCUUUCUUUCUUUCAUUCAUCUGUCUCUUUCUUUCUUUCAUUCAUCUGUCUUUCUUUCUUUCAUUCAUCUGUCUCUUUUUUUUUUUUUCAUUCAUCUCUUUCUUUCUUUUCAUUCAUCUGUCUCUUUCUUUCUUUCAUUCAUCUGUCUCUUUCUUUCAUUCAUCUGUCUCUUUCUUUCAUUCAUUCAUUGUCUCUUUCAUUUCUUUCAUUCAUCAUUCAUCUGUUUCUUUCUUUUUUUCAUUCAUCUUUCUUUCUUUCUUUCAUUCAUCUUCUUUCUUUCAUUCAUUGUCUCUUUCUUUCUUUCAUUCAUCUGUCUCUUUUUCUUUCAUUUUUCAUUCAUCUUUUUCUUUCAUUCAUCUGUCUCUUUCUUUCUUUCAUUCAUCUGUCUCUUUCAUUCAUCUGUCUUUUUUCUUUUUUCAUUCAUCUGUCUGUUUUUCUUUUCAUUCAUCUGUCUCUUUUCUUUCUUUUCAUUCAUCUGUCUCUUUCUUUCAUUCAUCUGUCUCUUUUCUUUCAUUCAUCUGUCUCUUUCUUUCAUUCAUCUGUUUCUUUCAUCUUUUCUUUUUUCUUUCAUUCAUCUGUUUCUUUCUUUCAUUCAUCUGUUUCUUUCUUUCUUUCAUUCAUCUGUCUCUUUUCUUUCAUUCAUCUCUUUCUUUCUUUCAUUCAUCUGUUUCUUUCUUUCUUUUCAUUCAUCUGUCUCUUUCUUUUUCUUUCUCUUUCAUCUUCUCUUUCUUUUCAUUCAUCUGUCUCUUUCUUUUCAUUCAUCUGUCUUUUCUUUCUUUCAUUCAUCUGUCUCUUUUUCUUUCAUUCAUCUCUUUCUUUCUUUCAUUCAUUCAUCUGUCUCUUUUCUUUCAUUCAUCUGUCUCUUUCUUUUCUUUCAUUCAUCUGUCUCUUUCUUUUCAUUCAUCUGUCUCUUUCUUUCUUUCAUUCAUCUUUCAUUCUUUCUUUCAUUCAUCUGUCUUUCUUUCUUUCUUUCUUUCAUUCAUCUGUCUCUUUCUUUCUUUCAUUCAUCUGUCUCUUUCUUUCAUUCAUUUUCUUUUCUUUCUUUCAUUCAUCUGUCUCUUUCUUUCAUUCAUCUGUCUCUUUCUUUUUCAUUCAUCUGUCUUUCUUUCAUUCAUCUCUUUUCUUUCUUUCAUUCAUUCUUUCUUUCAUUCAUCUGUCUCUUUCUUUCAUUCAUCUUUCAUUCAUCUUUCUUUUUUUUUCAUUCAUCUGUCUCUUUCUUUUCUUUCAUUCAUCUGUUUUUCUUUCUUUCAUUCAUCUUUCUCUUUCUUUCUUUCAUUCAUCUGUCUCUUUCUUUCUUUCAUUCAUCUGUCUCUUUCUUUCUUUCAUUCAUCUGUCUCUUUCUUUCAUUCAUCAUCUUUUCUUUCUUUCAUUCAUCUGUCUUUUCUUUUCUUUCAUUUCUUUCUUUCUUUCAUUCAUCUCUCUUUCUUUCAUCUUUUUCAUUCAUCUGUCUCUUUCUUUCUUUCAUUCAUCUGUCUCUUUCUUUUCUUUCAUUCAUCUCUUUCUUUCUUUCAUUCAUCUUCUCUUUCUUUCUUUCAUCUGUCUCUUCUCUUUCUUUCAUUCAUCUGUCUCUUUCUUUCUUUCAUUCAUCUGUCUCUUUCUUUCUUUCAUUCAUCUGUCUCUUUCUUUCUUUCAUUCAUCUGUCUCAUUUCUGUUUCUUUUCAUUCAUCUGUCUCUUUCUUUCAUUCAUCUGUCUCUUUUCUUUCUUUUCAUUCAUCUCUCUCUUUCUUUCUUUCAUUCAUCUGUCUCUUUCUUUCUUUCAUCUUUCUUUCAUUCAUCUGUCUCUUUCUUUCAUUCAUCUGUCUCUUUCUUUCUUUCAUUCAUCUGUCUCUUUCUUUCUUUCAUUUCAUCUGUCUUUCAUUUUCUUUCUUUCUUUCAUUCAUCUGUCUCUUUCUUUCUUUCAUUCAUCUGUUUCAUUCAUCUGUCUUUCUUUUCUUUCAUUCAUCUGUCUCUUUCUUUCAUUCAUCUGUGUCUCUUUCUUUCUUUCAUUCAUCUGUCUCUUUCUUUCUUUCAUUCAUCUGUCUCUUUCUUUCAUUCAUCUGUCUCUUUCUUUCAUUCAUCUGUCUCUUUCUUUCUUUCAUUCAUCUGUCUCUUUCUUUCAUUCAUCUGUCUCUUUCUUUCUUUCAUUCAUCUGUCUCUUUCUUUCAUUCAUCUGUCUCUUUCUUUCUUUCAUUCAUCUGUCUCUUUCUUUCUUUCAUUCAUCUGUCUCUUUCUUUCAUUCAUCUGUCUCUUUCUUUCUUUCAUUCAUCUGUCUCUUUCUUUCUUUCAUUCAUCUGUCUCUUUCUUUCUUUCAUUCAUCUGUCUCUUUCUUUCUUUCAUUCAUCUGUCUCUUUCUUUCAUUCAUCUGUCUCUUUCUUUCUUUCAUUCAUCUGUCUCUUUCUUUCUUUCAUUCAUCUGUCUCUUUCUUUCAUUCAUCUGUCUCUUUCUUUCUUUCAUUCAUCUGUCUCUUUCUUUCAUUCAUCUGUCUCUUUCUUUCAUUCAUUCAUCUGUCUAUUUCUUUCUUUCAUUCAUCUGUCUCUUUCUUUCUUUCAUUCAUCUGUCUCUUUCUUUCAUUCAUCUGUCUCUUUCUUUCUUUCAUUCAUCUGUCUCUUUCUUUCUUUCAUUCAUCUGUCUCUUUCUUUCAUUCAUCUGUCUCUUUCUUUCUUUCAUUCAUCUGUCUCUUUCUUUCAUUCAUCUGUCUCUUUCUUUCUUUCAUUCAUCUGUCUCUUUCUUUCAUUCAUCUGUCUCUUUCUUUCUUUCAUUCAUCUGUCUCUUUCUUUCAUUCAUCUGUCUCUUUCUUUCUUUCAUUCAUUUUUCUCUUUCUUUCUUUCAUUCAUCUGUCUCUUUCUUUCUUUCAUCUGUCUCUUUCUUUCCUUCAUUCAUCUGUGUCUCUUUCUUUCUUUCAUUCAUCUGUGUCUCUUUCUUUCGUUUUUUUUUUAACAUUUCCACAUAUUCAUCCUUUCAUUUUUUUUCGUCGUUUGAAAUACUUCCGAUUCUUCAUUGUUUUACCUCAAUUUUUCUCUUUUUCUUUCAAUUUAUUUUUUGAUGCUUUUUCUUCCUUCCUCCUUUUUUUUUCUUUCUCGCCCGAUUUUGCCCAUUUCUCUUUGUCCAUCCUUCAUUUGGUUUACGCUUUGCAUUUUGAGCCUUUCAUUUAA